AUGAAACUAAUUCUGGUAGCCAUCGCAGCCCUGGCCGUCGCGGCCCAGGCUUUCGAGCCCAUCAUGCAGAAUUACCACGAGGAGUUCGGCAUCGCCAUGGCUGCCCGCAUCAAGGCAGCUGAAGAGGCCAUGGACUUCGACGGCUCCAGAAUCGCGGGCGGCAGUCCUUCAGCACUUGGAGACCACCCACACGUUGGAGGUCUGGUGAUCACACUCACUGACAACAGGCAGUCUGUGUGCGGAUCCUCUCUGCUCACCAGCACCAGGAGCUUGACCGCUGCCCAUUGCUGGAGGCAUCGCACCACCCAAGCUCGCUUCUUCACCGUCGUACUGGGCUCCACCCGCCUCUUUAGUGGCGGGGAACGAAUCGAUACCAGCGACGUUGAGCCGCACGCAAGUUACAACCAGAAUAACCUCCGGAACGAUAUCGCUAUCAUCCGCCUCCCAAGAGCUGUCGCUUUUAGCAACCACAUAAGGGCUAUCAGUCUUCCUGUUGGAUCAGACCAAUACGUCGGCGUCUGGGCGGUCGCCGCUGGAUUCGGAAGAACUAGUGACACCUCGCAAAUCACUAACCAGCAAUUCAAGAGCCACGUGAACUUACAAAUCAUCACCAACGCCGUCUGCCAGCGAACUUACGGAAGCAGCACCGUCGCCGCCUCCACCCUCUGCGUCGCCACUCCCAACGGUCAGAGCACCUGCCCCGGAGACUCUGGUGGUCCUCUCGCCAUUAUCUCUGGAAACAACGCAGUUCUGGCUGGAGUGACAUCUUUCGGCCACACUAGCGGCUGUACCCGUGGACACCCUGCUGGGUUCGCCAGAGUGACUUCCUUCACCUCCUGGAUUAACCAACGCCUGUAAAGACUCACGAGCUACUGCAAAGUCAACUGUGCUUAAU